GGUGGUGGGGGGGGGUGAGUGCGCGAGGUGCAGUGGUGGUGUUUGUGGGGUGGGUGCCGAUGUCAACCCUCCUCGAUGUCGCAACGCCGCUCAUCUCGUCGUGCGCCUUUGCCCCCCUUCGUAAGCGCUCGCUUAACAGCGUUUGCCCCCCCCCCCCCACCACCGCACCGCCUCCCAAAAGCCUGAAGAGGUUGCGUGCGGGUGAGCUUUCUCUUUGUCUUUAUUGGUGUGGGCAGACGGGCAGAAUUGUGUUUGCUUUCGUUGGCUGCGUGGGUGGGGAGGGGCAAGGGAGCCAUGCGAAGGAAUGGUGAAUGUUUGAAGGGUGGGCACGAUACAAUGCCGUAGUCGCUAUUAUCCAUCACGUUAGUGCUCUUGCAAAGACAUUUUCCCGAAGUAAACGACAGCAUGAUGUGGUUAUAUGUUUAUUUAUUUAUUGCGUAACUGUUAGAGUGCGUUACUGGCGUCUUAUAGGUUGUAAACAUCAUCCAGUGAUUUGAAAAUACUCUGCGGCGAGGGUUUCGUCGCGCGAACUGCAGCCGAAGGCAUGAUUUUUUUAAGCGAACCUCAAUUCAUACCGGGAGUUCAACGGGGAGCAAACUCGCACUCGUGAAUUCGUGAAGCAAAAUGCGCGAAGCUAUGGGCACAACGAAUUUUAUAUCGCGCGACCCUAACGUGCAAAAAUGUACGCCGUGCAACCCUUGAGUGCCGAUUUAACUUGCGAGCGGUUACAGCUCGCGGGAGCUCGGCCGAGGAUUUGCCUCGGAAGAUCCGUUGUGACUUCGGCAUGAUUUCUGUAUCGUGCCGGGCUACGGUGAGUAGCACACAUUCGGCACAUGUGCUGCCCCCCCCCCCCCAUCCCCACUCCCAUACCACUGUGCUUUUUGGACCUCGCUAGAUUGUUGUUGUUUUCUUGCCCGCAGUUGUUUUGCAAACUUAAAGAAAACAGAGACGGGGGUGGGGGGAAAAUGUAUUUAAAAAUGACCACUUUUCAGUAUAAUGCCGUCUUGUGGAGCUUCCCCCUCCUCCCUGCCACGUUUUGUUUCGGCAGCCUCCUGUAACCAAAAAAAAAAAUCCUUGGCAGCAACAAACAAAAAUGGUAAAAAUGCUCGCACUGAAUUCAAAGUGUACCGUGUGUACCGAGUGGUAUCGUUCAAAUGUAAACUGACAGUAGCCCGAGACGGCUGUGAGUUGGGGUUAGAGCAGGGCUGUUAUAACCAAACCGGUGCAAUAUGUUGUGAGCACGAUCCUCGUUUAAUUAUUUUUAAUGGGUGCAUUACUAGACUGCGUUAUUCCGUUUUGCGAUUUGCUUUUGCUGACGUGACGUAUAUUUAUUGAUGGCAAAAGGCACUUUUUUUGCACGCUUCUGUUUUGGUGUGGAGAGACACCGAAGAGGAAAAAGCAAUGCAUAUAUUCUCAAUUUGCUGCACUUUGUUGAUGCCAAUUUGCAUCUCGCUUGAAUCUAACUGUUUGGGUGGAGUCAACUUGGGCAUCUCCUUAUGAUACUAUCAAAAGUAAUGACGGGUUAUUUUUACAACUCGUGGUAGUGACCCGAAGCUAAAUGAUUAUUAAUCUCACAUUUUUGUAAUUUUUUUUUUUACGAACAUGACUCAACAUUUAGCUCGUAUUUAAUUUUAAGCACACGUUAUUCCAUCGUACAGAAUCGUGGACAAAAAUGAAUUGCCACCAAAAUAAUAACGACGAUGAUGUUGUAAACGAAGUGGUGCAGUUGAUUCCGCGCGUUGUUUUUGAAAGCCUGGUCGAGUUUGACUCUCAGCUACCAAAUGACAUCAGUUGGGAUUGAUCUGAAAUAUCUCCCCUCUCUACUUCACCAAUCCACAAUUACCGGCUUUGUGUAAUAUGAUGAGAAAGAAAAAAAGAACUCUCCACGACUUGGGUCUUCGUCGAUAUGGUUUUUGUUUUGGGAUAUACCGCAUCGUACAGUUCUUCACGACGUCUGACAUUUCGUGGAGCAGAAAUGGCAGCGUGCAGAACAACGUGCGGCACCCCCCCCCCCCCCCCCCGCCCCCUACCAAUAAACAUCGGAGAGAUCCACAACAAAACCGUUCAGACCUACGCGAUAAUAACCCCCAUGCCUCACACGGCAUGGGGAGGCCUUGAUCCAGAAGUGGAUUAACAAAAGGACGUAUAUAAUUGUUAUUAUUUGCCCUCCCUGGUGAGGUUGAAAAUCUGACAAACGUAACUCUGGAAGAGAGAGCAUUUUUGUAUUUUUUAAGGCUCUGAGAUUUAAUUUCUCUAAGGGUAAAGUUGCAAUAAUCCCACCUCUGCAUUGUAAUGAGAUCGUUUCUUUCGGAUGUCUUAAGCACCGUUGCGGGUUAAUGGGUUUGUGUUUUGUUUCGCGUGAACUGAACACCCAUCCUCUUGUCCCACCGUACAUUCUUGCGUUGCAUUAAAACCUGAUUGAGACGUUCCACCGGAUGUCGCGAUUCCAUUCCCUUUGUCUCGAUUCUGCUGUUUGAAACUGACAAUCUUUAUCUCCAGAUCGGCUAAAGGCUCCCGUAAAUCACUUGAAUUCCAUUUAAAAGCUGUUUAAACUAUUUGUAAACCAUUUUUUUUUUAUUUUACCAGGUAACACUAUGUGUGCAUGCUUUCAAUAUCGGUCGAUUUUUUCUUUUUUAAUACGACUUUCAUAGUUUUUUUUUAAUACAUAUAAAUAAUCAAUUCAUUUGUGAGAGACGGAUAAUGCGUCGAGGCUUUCAAACUUGGGUGGACAGCGAUAUUAAAGGACCGCUUUAAAAGAAUUAAUUAAUGAAAGCACGUGGAGACGUUCACGCCGAGCCUUUUUAUAUAGGCCGCGUGUGAUCUACCGGUGACCUUUUAAGGGAGGCAGUGGGUGGCCUCCGAUUGGCGAGGCUUGUUAUUUCGCGGUAUUCCAUUGAAAGGGGGCAUCAGGUGGGCCAAUAAAAAGCCACAACACAACGUUGCGGUCUAUGACCUCAGCCCGCUUUAUUUAUUUUGCUUCUCUUCAUCGCUCUCUUGCCUUCUCCCCCCCCCCCUUUGCUCUCUCUCUCUCUCACGUUGAUCAUUAGCAAUAAAACUGUUACUAACAACAGUCCUGGCGGCGGCGGUGUGUGUGUGUGUAGGAGUGACUGACGCCAAGGUUACAGCACACCGACGAUGCUCGCUUGCUUUAGAGAAGUGUGUCGCACGGACUUAGAAUGUGCAUGCCGUUGCAAUGAUGAAGCAAUUCGACUGAGUUGUUGUUUGUUGUGGCUCUUCUAAUAAUCCCAUUGAUCGCAAUUUUUAGUCACUCUCACGUGAGCAAUAAGCCUGAACCUUGAACAUCCAGGCAGGGCAGGUGGAUAUGCGACCGCAGUAGUGGGCCUGCACUCCGAUUGUCGGCGUGAAAGGUCGAGUGGCGGACUCGCGGGAUAGCUGGGUGCCGUGCAGGUGAAUGAAUCGGUUGAGCGGACUCACUACAGAAUCGUGAAGCUUCGCCAUUGAGAGACGAGGAGGGCGAAGCGUUUGAUCGGGGGCGGGUUCCGCGGGCGACGACGCUGUGGGGGUCGGACUUCACGGCUGUGUGCGGUUAAAGCCGAAAGGAGACGCGGACGAUGGCGGAGACGGCGGUCGACAAGACGGGAGCAGCGGGCGAGACGGACGAGAAGGCGGCAGGAGGGACGGCAUCGGCGCAACGCCCUGAGAGCCCCGGGGCGAGCGAAGAUGCCGCGUACAGCUUGGAGCAGAUCGAGAUGCUCACCGUUGUUGGAACCGGCACGUUUGGCCGCGUGCUGCUCGUUCGCCACAGGCACAGCGCGGCGUUCUACGCGCUCAAGGUGAUGAGCAUUGCGGACGUGCUGCGGCUCAAGCAGGAGCGACACGUCCAGAGCGAGAAGGACAUCCUCCGGGACGUGCAGCCCCACCCGUUCAUCAUCCAGCUGUUCUGGACGCACCACGACGAGCGCUUCCUCUACAUGCUCAUGGAGUUCGUGUCGGGCGGCGAGCUCUUCACCUACCUGCGCACGGACGGGCGCUUUGCGGCGUCGCGCGCCGCUUUCUUCGCCGCCGAGAUCACGUGCGCGCUUGCCUACCUGCACUCGCGCACCGUCGUCUACCGCGACCUCAAGCCCGAGAACGUGCUGCUCGACCGCGACGGGCACGUCAAGCUCACCGACUUCGGGUUCGCCAAGAUCCUCCAGGACAGGACCUGGACGAUGUGUGGCACCCCGGAGUACCUGGCGCCCGAGAUCAUUCAGAGCAAGGGCUACGGGAAGGGUGUGGACUGGUGGGCGCUGGGAGUGCUCAUCUUCGAGAUGCUGUGCGGGUACCCCCCGUUUUACGACGAGGUGCCCAUCAACAUCUACAAGAAGAUCUUGGACGGCAAAGUGGAGUUCCCAAGACUGCCUCAGCUGGACCUCUUCUCGAAGGACCUGAUUAAGAAGCUCCUGGCUUCGGACCGCACCAGACGGCUGGGCAACAUGAAGGAUGGGGCGGAAGAUGUUAAGAGGCACCGGUGGUUUAAACACAUCGACUGGGCGCUGGUUCCACAGCGCAAGCUGAAGCCUCCCAUAAUCCCCAAGGUGUCGCACGCCGGGGACAUUUCCAACUUUGAGUCGUACCCCGAGGAGGACUGGAAGGACGCCGCCGUCAUCCCGGCGAAGGACAGAGAGCCGUUCCGCGACUUCUGACAACGCUCGCCACCGUCUCUUUUGGGGGCUUUUUUUUUCUCUUUCGCCCGACGCGGUUUUCGAACGGUCGUCGAAAUCGGCGUGCGGCGAAACGUCGCGUAUUUAUGAUGUCCGACUGGCAGCGUGGCUGCGGUACAGCAGGUUCAAACGGCCGGAUGUGUGGACAUCCACGGAAAAUGACGGUUACCGGCAAGCAGGGGUUGCCACGGUGGCGAGAUGUUAACUACCUCGCCUGGUAUUCAGGAGGUCGUGGGUUCGAUCCUGACCUUGACACCUGCUGC